AUGGAAAAAAAACUAAAACCGCCCGCCAUGCCCACCGCGGACAGGGAUCCUUUGGCCGAUUCGGCAUCACCGCCGUUUGCCGAUUACUCGUCCCCGACCACACCAUCACCAUCAUCGCCAUCAUCAUCAUUAUCAUCAUUAUCAUCGUCACCAUCAUCAGUAUCAGCAUCAGCAUCAGCAUCGCCGCCGCCGCUGCCGUUGACGCCUUCAUCACCACCGUUGAUAUGGCCAGAUACGCCUAGCAACGCGGAACGCGAUGAAAAGGCGUUAUUCGUCAUCAAGUACGGGCAUGACACGCGAGAGGAUCUCGGAAACCAGAUCGUCAGCCAAGGCGGCGACAUCUUGGCAUAUGUCGCCAAGAACGCAGUCCUAGUGUAUGGGCCGUCUGAUGCCGUACACAAUGCCGUGCGUAAUACGAACUCACUGAUGGGGACAUACGAGCAGGAUGUGAAGGUAGCGGACGCCAUCACCUCUGCCGAUGGACCCCUCGCAGACCCAACCCGCAUCAGCAAGCUGCUGCAGCAGCUCAAUACCUGGCAGAAACAACCUAAUCCACCGACGCCGCCGCCGCCGUCACAGCGUCAGCAGCAGGAGCAGCCGCAGCAGCCGCCGUCAUCGCCACAACAGUCGGUCAUGGAGCGCCGAAGCACCAUCAGCAGUGAAGCCGGCUACAGCGGCAACACGAGCCGUGGUGGCGACAACAUCAGCGCCUCGUCGGAACCAAGGCCGGAUCUGUACGGCCUGCAUGUGCAGGUGGUUCCGGGGCUGGAGUCUGAGGGCGUGAGGAGAAUCUAUCAUGACCAGCUGGGCUCUGAGCUAGGCCGGCGGGGCGACGGCGACGACGCCUGCUGGCCGCGCAUGCGGAUGUACGACAGGUCGCGCUGGCUAGUUGUGUACCUGUGCCUGCAGGAUCUAGAACGUGGCAUUCGGUGGAUGGCGGCGGCACCAACAACCGUUUGGAUUGAACCGCAGCUGCGAGCCCAGCCCGCCAACACCAGGGCCGCUCUCAUCAUCCAGACUGGCACCCUAACGGACUCACAGUAUCUCAGCUCCUCCGACACGUCGGAAAAGCCAUUCUGGAAAGCGGGCCUUAUGGGCAAUGGCCAGAUCAUCGGGAUGGCGGAUACGGGCAUCAAUUUCUAUAGCUGCUUCCUCAGCGACUCGAACUAUGCUCCUUCUGAUCUGCUAAAUCUAUUUCACGAUGAUCCUCCAAGAUAUUUCCUGCCCAAUCACCGGAAAGUGGUGCAGUACGUGUUGCCAAGCGGAGCAAUCUCCUCCCCUCAUCAAUCCGUAUAUUCAUCGAGCUACAUCUGCCGUUCGUCCACCCUCCCAAUCGGUGUGACGAAUCCAGAUAUUUCCGACUACUUCGGCGAUUCGGACGACAUGCAUGGUACCCACGUGGCUGGGACCCUUGUUGGAUCAGUAUGGGACGAGUCAGGCUUGGUGAACAGCGUGGCUACGGGCGCGGCGCCGAUGGCGCAGCUCAGCUUCGUAGACAUGACCGCUCAAAGCCUUCCCAACGAGUUGAUGUUGCCCCCCCAGCUUGACGUUGAUCUGCUCCCGCAGUUCGACAGAUUCGCUUGGCGGAAUCCAGACGUCAUAUCUUGCGUGGCCGCAGGCAACCACGGGCGAAACUUUGGCGUGCGUCCUAACGUGCAGGCACCUGGAACUGCCAAGAACGUACUGUCUGUUGGGGCGUCCCUUAACCACCCGAAAAGCCAGGAGCUCAUGGGAGACCAAACAGUUCCCAUCUUCCAGUACAUGGAUACGAAUCGAACCGUGCAUAAGCAAGCGCAUUGCGUCCACAUUGCCUACGACCCCCACACCGUCUUCAUUAACGUCGCUAAUGGCUUCAGUGAAAUUUAA